UACUGUAAUGAGAAAUUAAAAGCUGCCUUGCAGGAGUGAAUUCCAAAAUAAAGCAUCCAUGCAGGUGCACCAUGUGAUUCCAACUGAGAGCACAGGGGGAGGGGGCUCCCUCCCAGUCCUGUCUGUCUCAUGGCUUAGCUGGCAGUUCCAGCUGCAAGGAGUAAGUGUUUUAUUAUUUAUCAUUACUUUUGUAUUACCCCUUCUGCCACCCCAGCCUGGAGCCUACCUAAUGCAAGUGGAAUUCUUGCACAGCCCAGAGGCUCAGCUAGCACAUCUCCAUUACAGCUGCAGACAGCUGUUUUCCAGAGGUGCGAAAAACCUAGGCCUGGCUCGUUUUUUGUCUGGGAGGGCGGAAGGCAUCCCCUUGCCCUGAAGAGCACUUCCAAGGACACUGGCGUUCCCUUCAAUGUGCUGCACCGGUGGAGGCUAUCAGGCAAAACCGAUGUCAGUUGUGUUUGCUUCUGCAAGGGCAAAGCAAUGCAUUUUCCUCUAACCUUGUAAACGGAUGACGUGCUGAAGUAAAGCCAGCCUGAGGGAACCACCUGGAAUGUCAGAAUUCCCACUGCGUCAUUAACUAAAGCCUGCCGAGGAUGUCCAGCCUGGAAGCGAUGGCUCGACACCGGGAGCCUCAAGCAAAGAUGCAAGUAUGGACAUAAUAGCCUAUGAUGCUUACUCCAGUCCACCGCUUCCGAGAUAUUGAAAGGAAACCUGAAUACCUCCAGCCAGAAAAGUGUGUCCCACCUCCUAGCCACGCUUCCCUGGGAACAAUGUGGUUUAUUCGAGAUGGCUGUGGUAUUGCAUGUGCUGUUGUUACCUGGAUGCUGGUGUUCUAUGCCGACUUUGUAGUCCUCCUUGUCAUGCUAGUUCCAUCAAGAGAUUAUGUUUAUAGUGUCAUCAAUGGCACACUGUUCAACACCUUGGCUUUCCUCGCUUUGGCUUCACAUUUUCGUGCUAUGCUGACAGAUCCAGGUGCUGUACCCAAAGGUAAUGCCACAAAGGAGUUCAUCGAGAGUUUACAGCUAAAGCCAGGACAGGUGGUUUACAAGUGCCCAAAGUGUUGUAGCAUCAAACCUGACAGAGCACAUCACUGCAGUGUUUGCAAGAGGUGUAUUCGGAAAAUGGACCAUCACUGCCCGUGGGUCAAUAACUGUGUAGGAGAGAACAACCAGAAGUACUUUGUACUGUUUACAAUGUAUAUAGCACUGAUUUCUCUGCAUGCUCUAAUCAUGGUGGGAUUUCACUUCUUGUAUUGCUUUGAAGAAGACUGGACAAAAUGCAGUUCCUUCUCUCCACCAACUACAGUGAUUCUUCUCAUCCUCUUGUGUUUUGAGGCUCUCCUAUUCCUCAUCUUCACCUCGGUUAUGUUUGGGACCCAAGUACACUCCAUCUGCACUGAUGAAACGGGAAUAGAACAGUUGAAAAAGGAAGAGAGAAGAUGGGCUAAAAAAACAAAAUGGAUGAACAUGAAAGCAGUAUUUGGCCAUCCGUUCUCUAUAGCAUGGCUUAGCCCAUUCGCAACACCAGACCAAGGAAAAGCAGACCCGUACCAGUAUGUGGUCUGAGGAAUUCCUGACCAGCAUUUCCACUAAAAUAGAAACAUAUUACAGCACUACUGCUACAAAUUUUCCA